AUGUCGAUAUUAGUAAUCUACACGGUUCUUACGAGAGACGAACUAGGUGAAAUUCCACCAUACUGUCCAUCAUCUGCUGCAUACAGUGUCACCGUCACAAUCAACAUUUGUCGUAUCCGACUUGCAAAUUUGGUUUUGAUGUGGUUAUUCGAGCUAUUUGGAAUUUUAUGGGUUAUAGCUUAUGGCAUGGGUAAAUUGCCUAAAGGUAAUAGAAGUUCAAAUGUAUCGAUUGAUGGAGAGUUUGAGAAUCUUGAUGAUACAUAUAGUGAUGAUGAAUUAGCGGCGGAGAAGAUAAAAAAUGGUAAAAAUAAUGGUAAAAAGAGAGGCAGUAGUCGUAGUAGGAGAGGAAUACGUUAUAUACAAGAAUCUAAAGAUGCUGCUGUUAUCGGAGGGCGGCGAUUAGAAGUACCUUAA